GUGAUAGAUGAAUGGCUGGCUGGCUGAAGUAAACAAAAAUAUUUUGUAAAUCAGUUUUUGGCGGUACAUCGAACGUAACACAUCGUAAGGCGCGUUGACACAACGGACGGUUGCCUCAGCAGACGGAAAGGAAUACGUUAUCGUAAUUUCGAAUCAAAAAAUAAAUUGUGAAGAAAAAAAGAUUAUGACAAAAUUUAAAAUCAAAAUCUGAAAAAUUAAGAAAAACAAAUGAAAAAAAAAAUUGAAAAUGCAGUGAAAUUUUAAAAGAAACCCAAUACAAGUGUUAGGGAACUUAUUUGAGUUUUUUUUUUGUUUAAAAAAAAUUAAAUUUUUAUUUUGUGUGAAAAAGAAAUAAAACCAAUUUCAUUCAACCUCUAAGCCAAAAAUAGCAGGGAAACAAAUUAAAAAUAGAAAAUGUUUACCACACCAAAAAAGCAAAAACAACAACAACAAAGUAUUUCGAAAAUGGAUGCUAAAGAAAGUAACCCCCAUCAUUUUGGCCUGGCGCUGACAACAAACACCCUUAAUACUUCAACGUCGUCGAUUCCUGCCAGCCCCUGUUCAUCCACCAACAACUCAACAACAAUUUCCAUGGAAAAUAAUUCGCCAAAUUCCAAAUUGAAUGGCUCAUCAACGACAUAUCACUCGGCAGUAACGGAUACGACAACGGCGGCCGUUGUGAUUAAUUCGGCUGGCAGUACGCAAAGCCUUAAUCGCCGCUCGGCAGAAUUUUUAACAACAAUGGCCUCCACAAUAGCCAACACCGAGGAUAUGGCUGUGGAGAACACGGCUCUGUUGGAAACAACCACGACUGCCAUGGAUGAGCAGCGUCACGCCGAACAUGACCCAGAUAUGGUUACAACCGAAAAUCACCAUCAUCAGCAGCACAUGCUGGCUGAUGAAUUUGAGCAAUUCAUCUUGAAUCGCACCACUUCGGAUAGCAACAUUUUGGAGUCGAGCAUUUACAGCGAACUCCAGUUUCCACCCUCCUUGCAUGGCAGCAGUAUAAUGAGCGGUUUGACUGGCCAUGGCAUCGGCAGCGGCGGUUAUGUGAGCAAUAGUGGCGGGCCCAUUACUGCCUCAUCCCCCGCCCAGGUGGCUGGACCACAAACACCUGCUUCGGCCACCAGUGGCCGGACCACAAAACGUACCAAACGUAAACAUAAAACCAAAUCGAAGUGUACCGCCACAGCAGCCUCGCUGGCUGCAGCGGCUGCUGCCAGCCAAAGAGCCUCGCCAACGGGUCAUUAUCCACCGCGUUACACUGCCAUUUUCAUGGAUCCGCAUCAUCAGUAUGGCAAUGUUACCACAACGAGUGCAAUGGGGGCGUCAACACAUCACGGUGGCAACGCUGCCAAUGCAUUGGGACAAAUUGCAAGUGCGGCAGCGUCAUCGCCAUUCUUGAAUGGAUCUAUGGCAGUGGCCGGUGAGGCGGCCUAUAUGCAACAGUUUCAAUAUUUCCAACAGCGGCCAAUGGUCACGACCAUGGCUCCCAUGGCCGGGAGUGGUCACCGCAGGCAUCAUAGAUCCCUAUUCGAGGCCACCACCACAACGACCAGCGCUGCCGCCAUGGGCAUUGACAACCCUCUGAGUGGUCUGUCCGGCGCCUCUUCACCCUCAGUACCUGGAGCUACACUAACGGCGCCACCACUACGUUUAAGUUUUCGCAAAUGGUUUUCUCGACCCUCGUUGCCAUUUGUUAUUGGCAUUUUGGCUCUGGGCGGAGUGGCCUGUACUCUGGGUGGCAUUGUUUUGGGUUCCACAGGUCUCAUUGAACACUCGACACAGUAUCUAAGUGCUGCUCUGCUCAUGAUUGGCAUUGGUGUGUCGCUGCUGGUUAUAUCCGGAGCAAUUUGGCGCCUCAGUCUACCCGAUGAUGUGGACGAAUGUCCCUGCUAUCGUCACAUGGAAAUGUGUCGCAAUUGUAACAGUCCCUAUUGUAAUAGUCGCAUUAUGGCCGCCGGAGGAUAUUUGUAUCCGGAAUUCCAACAUCGGCCACCACCACCAUCGUAUUUGACCUCGCUGAAUGAAUGUGCCGGUAUGAGUUUACUGUUUCAUCCCACGGCUUCGGCUCAACAGGCGGCCCAUUACAGUACGAUUCGGGUGAAUACACCACCACCACUGUAUCGUUCAACAAAUUCUCUGAGUGUUUUUGGCUCCAAUGCCAUAAUGCCGCCACCCACGAACAAUGGGGCCGCACCUCAAACCUCAACUUUAGUUCCUACAUACAGCCAGAAUACCAGCAGCUCUGUUGGCAUUGUGCCGGAUCACACUGCCAUAACAAUGAGCAAUGUCAUGGAGAAUCUAUCAGCUCAGCAGCAGCAGCAGCAUCAUCAUCACCACCAACAUCCCCACCAUCAGACACAGCCAUUAAUUAAGGAAUUCAAUUAUUUGGAGCUGGAUUAAUUUUGAAGCCCAUCCCCCCUCAACUCUCUGGAAUUUCCCCACGAGCAACAAACAAACCAACCAACCAACCAAUACAUUGACUGAUGUUUUAUUAUGUCUUAAGAAAAAAAAACAAAGGAACAAAAUUAUUUAUUUUUAAUGCUGAAAAAAUAAUUCAAAUUUGUAUUGAAAGAAAUAUUUGAAUAUCAUUUGAAAAAAAAAGGAAAAAAUCUAUGUUUUGAUUUUGAAUACAAAAAAUCAGAACCUAAAUAUUUUUAAAAUAAAAUUGUACAAAUUAAAUUAUGUUUAGAUUAAAAACAAAAAUUUUAUAAAAAAAAGUGGAACCCAGAAAUUUUAUAAGAAAUGUGACCCAUCAAAAUUUACAAUAUCAACACAAACUAACCUCAAAUUUUUGUACGAUCAGGCAGAGCAACAAUUUCAAGAGAGUUAACUCUGCUCUCAUUUGUUUACAAAAAAAAAGGAAUCUCAUUAAUAACAUUAUACAAAAGAUAUAGAGAAUACAUUUUUCAAAAGUGACCAAGGCAGGAAUGUAAGAACCUCUAAGGGAACUACAAAUGUGAGGUUAUGUCAAAGAGGGUUUUAUUUUUGAAUUUCAGGAAUUAAAAAAAAAAAAUGCUCAUUCUCCUAUUUAUAUUAAGAUCAUAAAAAUUUCCAUCCAGAAUUUUAAAACGUUCUCUUUUUUUGAGGAAAUUUGGACAAAAACAUCUUUUUUUAAAUACCUAACCUCAAUUUUUGAAAUAACAAAAAAUCAUUUUUUUGCUAAAAUCCCAAUGAAAACAGUGUCUGCAUUAAAGGAAAGGUGUCACUUUUGAAAAAUUAUUAUAUAUUUCCAAUAUCAAUAUCCUGAAACCUCGACAUAAUCUUACACAUUCUAUAUAUAUUUGUUUUUUUUUUGAAUAUAUAUAUAAAUGUAUUUUUUAAAUGUUAUAGGAAAAAACACAUAAUAUCAUGUUUUGUUAUGUUUUCAUUUAUAGAAAUAUUAUUUUCAUUUAUUUACGCAAAAAAAAAAAGAAAAAUCAAGAAAACCCACAAACCCGGAAAUAAAAUAAUAUAUAAAACAAAUAUAUAUUAUAAAUUAUAGAUUGUAUAUAGAAAAAUAUUUUUUUUAAUGAAAACCGAAUAUAUUUUAUCCCCCUGCGGAAUUAAUAUAUGAUUUUUGAAAACAGAAAAUUCCUAGGUUAUUUGUUUUAGUUUAAUUUUUUUUAUAUAAAUAUAAACAAUUUUCCAAAUGUUAUGUUUAAUUAUAAUAGUAAUGACCAACGACAAUUUCCGUAAUGCCAAAUUAAUUUUAAAAUUACAAAUUUCUUUUAGUUUCCAUUUUCAUUGUCUUCUUUACAAAAAAAAAUACACAUAUAUAGAAAAAAACUGGAAAAAAUUUAAUAAAAAAAUACAAAAACAAGCAAAACAAAUUUUGAUGUGAAACAAAAAUAAAAUAAA